GUUUGGUAGACUAUUUAACCAGUCAAACCGAGCCAUCAUUUCGGUCUAAUUGAAUUAUUUCCAAACGGAACUACCUAAAUCACAAACCGAGCCAUUAAGUUUUGUUGGAAUUUGAAAAUAAGUAUCGACUCUUCUUCCCACAAACACUCUCUUUCCUCUGAACCUUUUCCUCUCUUCUUCAUCAUCACAAAUGGAUGAGAUCAAACCAAAGGAAGAAGAAAAGCUCAAACGACGCCGUAAUGUCAAACCCAUUUGCCGUGAAACUGGAGACCACGUCCAUUAUCCACAACCAACAACACGCAAACCUAAAUCCAAACCCACGCGUACUCAUCACGCGCCACCACCGAUCCUCGAAUCAAUCUUCAAAGUCACUCACAAACCACACUACGGAGAAUGCAGGAAGAAUCACGCCGCCGAUAUCGGCACCACCGCUUACGACGGCUGCGGCGAGUUCGUCACGGCCACCGAGGAGGAAGACCAGUCUCUAAAUUGCGCCGCAUGCGGCUGUCACCGCAACUUCCACCGUGAAGAACUGAUCACUGACAACGGAGUCGCCGAGACGGUUCUUGAAGUUCUCAAGAUUUCAACAAACUUCUAA